AUGCCCGAAAAGCAGGACGAGCGGGCGGCGCCUUUGACGACCAAGGAGCGCUCCGAGGCACUCUUGGCGCAGUACGGCGGCGAGAAGGGGCCGACGGGGCAUGCCGAGGUGGGCGAAAAUGGCGAGCCCGUCUCGCUCGCCUCGUUCAUCGGCGGCAAGGCCAAAGCGCCGCGGCUGGGGCAGCUGGCGGGCAACGGACGUACGUCGGUCCCGGAGGCGGCGCUCGCCGAUGAGACCGAGUACAGGAAGCUCCCGGGUCUCGCCAAGCCGGAUGGAUCCAUGGCGAAGCUGAUGGAGCAGCGGCACCGCGAGCUCUUUCCCGAAGAGGCCAAGGCCAAGGAGGCAGAGAGUGCGAAGGAUACGGAUGAGAAAACGAUCGAUAAAGACCCCAAACGUGCGCCGGACGCCAAGACGGCCGAACCCAAAAAGGAUGUGCCUCUGAAUGAAGAGACCAAGGAGGCCAAGGAGGCCAAAGCCUCCAAGGACACCAAGGCCACCGACGACGCGGCCAAGGACGCCAAGGCCACUAAGGACACAGAGGCCACUACCAAGUCUGGUCAGGACGCCACUCCGGCUACCCAGACACCGGAAAUGACAAAAGACGCGCCCAAGGAUGCGCCUGCGCCUCUCCCAAAGCGGAGCACUUCCGGCAAAGAAAUCGUGGUGCUCAUCUCUGGCUCGGGCAGCAACUUGCAGGCCAUCAUUGAUGCGACGUGCGGCGCGACGCCGGCCAUCCCCGACGCCCAGAUCGUGCGUGUGAUUUCCAACCGCAUGACAGCGUAUGGCCUGAAGCGCGCCAAGAACGUCGAUCCCCCUAUUCCUACCAAUGUCCACAGCCUCAAGACCUACCAGAACCGGAACCCCGGCAAGACUCGCGAAGACUACGAUCUGGUGCUGGCCGAGCGCGUCCUUGGCGACGGCAAGCUGCCGGACCUCAUUGUCCUGGCCGGCUUUAUGCAUAUCGUCUCCGAGACGUUCCUGAGUGCCCUUGGGCACAAGACGUCGUUGGCAUCGCCACCUGCCUUUGCCAAGCGCCCCGCGCAAGGUGUGCCGAUCAUUAAUCUGCAUCCUGCGCUGCCUGGCGCGUUUGAUGGCGCGAAUGCCAUUGAUCGCGCGUACGAAGCCUUCCAGAAAGGCGAGAUCAAACACACCGGUAUCAUGGUGCACGAAGUUGUCGCCGAGGUCGACCGCGGUGCGCCGAUCCUCGUGCAAGAGGUGCCCAUCCACGCGGGCGAGUCACUCGAUGAGCUCGAGACGCGCAUGCACGCCGUCGAGCACCAGCUCAUUGUCAAUGCCACCGCCAAGGUGCUCGCGGACGAACCCAAGGCAGUAGCGCCCCCUACGCCGCGUGCAGAAAAGACGAUUGCCACGCCGAAGUUGGACACGAGUGCCGUCGAGCGGCCCCGCGGCAAGGUGGCACCGGAGGCGAGUGCCGACACGGUCCUCGCGUACCUGGCGCCCUCCGGGCUGCUGGAGCCGCUCAGCACCUUUGCGCCGCAGGUCUAUGAGGACGACCUGGUCGUUGCCAAGCGCGGCGACCAAACCAUCCUGUGGCGCGGCGUGCGCGCGCCGGCCGCCCUCCCGCCGGCCGCCAAGCAGGCCUUGGGCAAGACGUACGAAACCGUGCACCAGGGCGCCGAAUCGCCUGCGUUCCUGCGCCUUCUCCGCGGCCCUCUCAUUACCUUCCAAGGCGUGCGCAGCGCAAAACCCUCUGCGUCGCAGCUCUUCCUUGUGCGCGGCAGCGACGCGGCACUCUUUGUCGACCAGGUGCCUAUGACCACGCGUUCGCUCUGUUCGGCUUUUAGUGCUGUGGCCUGCACGCCUUCGCGCGUCUAUGUAUGGCACGGCAAAGGCAGCGACAAGGAGCAGCGCCUGCGUGCCGUGCAGUUUGCAGGAACACGUACCAAGUCGGCUGUCAUUGAGAUGGACGAGGCAACGGCGUCGCGCGACUGGCUGCGCCUGUUCCCUGCUGCGCCCUAUGCCUCUGGCUGGCACUGGCGGCACUUUGGCACGCUCCCUCGCGCCCAGCGUGGCGCGCGCCUCUAUGUGUGCCCCGAUGCCUCGGACGCGGUGCCGUUCACCUCAACGGCGCUGCGCGCGGAUCGUGUCGCGCUGGUCGACGCGGGUUUGGAGGUCUAUGUACUGAUUGGCCGGGAUGCGCGUGGUGCACACGCCCAAAUCAAAGCGGCGCUACAGAGGGCAGACGCCGUUGCGGACGCUGCCCAGGCUGCGCGCGGCGGCCGCACCGCGAUGCGCCCCGCGAUCCAUGUCCUGACCUUCCCUACUGCUAUUCCUUCUGAUCUGCGGAUCCUAGCACGUGCACCUUGGGACGAUGCGCAUAUGCAAGGCGAUGGCGACGCGACGCGCGACGCGACCUUGCCGCUCCAAGCUCAGACACCGGCGCAGACGCGCGAGCAAUUGGCGCAGCUGUCCCCAUCGCCGCCUGUUUAG